AUGCUACAGGUGCACCCACCUGUGAAUGAGCAGUACCAGCUCUUGCAGCAGCAGCAGUUCCCCUUCCUCGCGGCCCUGGAGCACUGCAGGGAGAACGCCCACGACGAGGUCCGGCCCAUCUCCAGCAUCGGGCAGGUGCUGAGCUACGUGGAGCACUAGUGCAGCAACUGCACAGGCCAGCCCACCCUGCUCACGUUCCUGGACAUCUGCACAGAGCUCGGCCAGCUGUGCCAGCACUUCGAGGCGCUGCACCCGGGCACCCCCGUCACCGACAACCUCCUCGAGAAAUGCAAGACCCUCGUGAGCCAAAGCAACGACUUAAGCAGCCUGUGAGCCGAAUACCCUCCCGACACGGCGAACUACGUCAGCUGCCACGAGGCCAGGAACCACUGUGGAGGCGUGGCCAGCCUCAUCCCCACCGUCCUAGACGUGAUGAAAGAACGGCUCGCCCACUCGGAGAAGCUGCCCCGCGACGCGCUGCAGCACGUGAGUGAGUCCCAGGCCACAGGCCCCCAGCCUCGGCUAAGAAGAGACAAGUGUGGGUAACCGACACAGGGCAGCCUCAGACCUAGAGGGGCAGAAUGGUGUUCAAGACCGCCCUGGAGACCAGCUGGUGGGAAACUGUAACUCAGCCGCUGACCUGCUCGAUCCCGACCCCAUCCUGUCCCAUCCCGUGCCGUGGGGCACUUCGCUACA